UUUAUCAGUUUCGAUAUAUUUUUUAUCAGUGUCGAUCUAUUUUUUAUCAGUGUCGAUCUAUUUUUUAUCCACGGUCUCUGUUGCGAUAACGUAAUUGCGAAAUAAAUUGCUGGUGAGGUGAUAACAGACCAACUCGAAGAAACCGAACCCCUCUAACCAAGUCCGAGCAUAGCAAUACCGCAUGCAGCCACGUUUGUGUCAGGUUGGCAGGCAGCGGUAGAUUGGUUCAUACUUUCCACGCAGAGACGGACAAAAAGGAGAUGCGAGGCAGCGGAAAACAAAACAAAACAUAGCAAAACAAAACAAAACAAAACAAAACCGAUAUCCAUCCCAGUAAGUACCUUCCAAAAUGUGCAACCUCGCAGUCGUAGGCGCAGACGCAGACGCAACGGGACCGGCUCGUUCAAACGCCGGCAACGAUUGCCGCAGCAUCCAGGCCACGGUGCAGCUGGACAUCGACGACCAGACGAGGCACAGCACCUAUCUCCUCCCUGCCCCCUACGAAGGGUUCAACCACCGCGUGGGUGCCAAGACAAUGAAGAAGAUCACCGUGAGGAACGCAAGGAACCAAAGCGAGUUUGAUCUCACCCUCGACGAGGCCGCCUUUGAGCUGGUGGAGUGCCCCACGGAACUGUCUACGGAAGACUUUUACGCCAUUCAGGAGGGGAACGAAAAACUCAAGGAGGACUACUACAAGGAAGUCUCCGACUUUGUAAAGCAGAAGCUUGGCUGCGACAAAGUGGUUUGCAUCCACUCUCAGGUCCGGAACGAGAGCAAGUCCGACGGGAAGGUCGUUGGCUCGGGGGUGAGCCGGUACGCAACGGUGCCACACACGGACAACAGCCCGGUCAGCUCGGAUGUUUCCGCCCUGAGAAUCCUGGAGGAGCACAAGGACACGACGAAAUACAGAAGGUAUGCCUACAUCAACCUCUGGAGGAACAUAUCGGAGGAGCCGAUACAGAACUUUCCGCUGGCGGUGAUGGACGAAAGGUCCGCCGUCAAGCCGGACGACUACAUCCCAAAAGAUUUCAUCUACGACCACUCCUCUAUCGUACAGUGGUCCCUAUCCGCGCGGCACUACGACGUGCACCGGUGGUAUUACUUCCACCGGAUGACCAAGUCGGAGGGGAUCCUCUUCAAGCAGACCGAUUCCGAUUUCACGAAAACGGGCCGCUCCUGCUUCCACAUGGCCGUCCCCGUUCCCGGUGCACCGGUGGACGCUCCCCCCCGGGAGAGCAUCGAACUGCGGAUGUAUUGCUACUGGAAGAAGCACGCGGACACCGCCGACGAACUCGACACGAUGCCCACCAACCGGUCGAUCCACCGGCACUGCAUCCGGGACCCGCGGGAAUCCUUGCUCGACCAGCCGCUGGGGAAGGCGAGCAGCGGCCAGCUGUUGAAAGCCCUGCUCGGGAGGAUCCCCCUGCUGGGAGAAAGGAUCCUGGCCCCCGCGUUUGCCGCCCUGUGCGCGUUCGUGGGGAUGCUGGUGCGCCGGCACCCACCCAAAACCAUGCCGAACCUCCCCUACUCGGGCAACCCGGAGGACUACUUCGACCGCUUCCUCCGGGAGAUGCAGGCCCUCCCGUCCCAGCCACAGUUCGUCAUCGACGACGUCCGGACGCGGAUAGAUGGCUGCGGGGAGAUCGAGGGGAUCCAGCUCGUCACGCAAAACCUUGUGGACGACAGGAACCAGAAGAACGGGACGGCCGCGCUGCGAGCCAUCGAAAAGCAAGAAGUGGUUGCUUACCUGCUCCACAACGAGCAGUACAUGGCGGUCUCCAGGAAGCACCUGGAUUUGGUGUUACUAUAGUUUUGUUUCAACGUUUUUGAUUUUUGAUAGCGACAAUUAAUGCAUUUUAGAAUA